AUGCCGGGCCCGGGAUGCUGGAGCGUGUCCGUAGCGGCAGUGUUCAUUCUCGCGGUCGCGGUGUCCCAGGUUCGGGGCGGUCUCUAUUCCCCGGAUGAGCCAUUGGUGUCCCUGGCCGGGGCGACCCGUUCUCUCCUGCUCGGGUCCAACAGCUCCUGGCUCGCCGAGUUUUAUGCUUCCUGGUGCGGACACUGCGCGGCGUUCAGGCCGACCUGGAGUGCGCUGGCUCGGGAUGUGCAAGAUUGGAGACCGGCAGUAUACCUGGCUGUACUAGACUGUGCAGAGGAGUCAAACAGGGAUACCUGUAACGAAUUUGGGGUUACUGGGUACCCCACAGUUCAGUUCUUUAAAGCGUUUGCAGGAAGUCCUUCGGAGGGUGUACGAGUUCCAGCUUCGUCUGUACAAGAAAUCAGACAGCACAUCAUCGAUAGACUGGAAGAGCAGAAGGAGUCCCCACCACCAGCAUGUCCUCCUUUGGAACCAAUCAGCGCCCCCGAGUUGGAGCAGUUCUUCGCAAACAACAAUGAGACUUAUCUGGCUGUGAUAUUUGAGGAUGCCAAGAUGUACAUGGGUAGAGAGGUGGCUCUGGAUAUGGUUCAGUACGAAGGUGUCUCGGUACGCAGGGUAGUUAAAGACCAAACUGACUUGGUGGAGAAGUUCAACGUAUCUUCAUUCCCCGCUGGUUUUUUGAUUUCUAAGAACGGAUCUACCAGCAGAAUUAACCUUGGGGAAGAGACUCGCUCGGCGUAUGCCAAAUUCCUGCGUUCACUACCCGGAGUGCAGAGGGGAAAACACGCUCUCAUCGGAUGGUCGGAGACAUCUCUCGUAGCUACUGAAUCACCGAAGAGACAGGCCGACAGCGCCAAGGUGUACAUGGCAGAUCUUGAGUCGGCUCUUCACUAUUCUUUGAGGGUGGAGGUUGCUCGAUUCGCGACCUUGGAUGGGGAGCGACUUAAGGCUCUCUCCAAUUUCAUCAAUGUGCUGAGAAAGUACUUCCCUGCCCGUCCGUAUCUGCGUACAUUACUGAAUUCUGCUAAUUCCUGGCUGCGCGCCCGCGCUAAAACCAACGUCUCAUACAAGGAUUUUGAGGAUGUUCUCAACAACAAAAAUCAGGCCCAGAAAGCUGUUCUGUCAUCGGAUGUGCGCUAUGUUGGAUGUCAGGGUUCCAAGCCCCAAUUCCGUGGCUUUCCGUGUUCCCUCUGGACCCUUUUCCACGUUCUAACAGUCCAGGCAUCUGAAGUAGCAACCCUGGGAAGAAUUAGACCCGGUAAGUGCAGCCAGAACACCUUCUCAUAUGAGGUCCUGUUAGCGAUGCGUGGCUACGUCCAGCAUUUCUUCGGCUGCAGAGAAUGCGCCCAGCAUUUUGAACGUAUGGCCCAAGAGUCCAUGCGCAACGUCCGCUCUUUGGAUGAAGCCAUCGUGUGGCUGUGGGAAAGACACAACCGUGUGAAUAAGAGAUUGGCAGGUGCACAGAGUGAAGAUCCAGCCUUUCCGAAGGUGCAGUGGCCUACUGCAGCGCUUUGCCCGCUCUGCCAGUCCAAAGCAGAUAUGUCCUGGAACCUCCCCAGCGUUCUAGAUUUCCUGAAAGCUCAUUUUGGCAAAAAAAAUCUAGCAGAUGAGUAUCUGGAAGAUGAGGAAGUGCUGCUGGAAAAACAGAAAAAGGCACACAAUGCAACCCAAAAAAGGGAUAAGAGAGAUGUUACGGAUGAGGAGAAGAAGUCUGAAAUAAUCCAGAACCGUGAUGACACCGAGAACACACGUGAUGAUCCGAGAGAAGAUGACGAUGAAGAAAAGAGCGAUGCAUAUGACAAAAACUCAUACGGACCUAAUAUGUUUCUAAGCAGAUCUCUUAAGGACUCCAGCCUGCACAAGGGAAACCAUGCUCUACAUCCAAAAACCCUUGUAGAACCUCGUGAUGCAGAGUUCGAUGAAGCUGCUGUGAGAGAUCGGUUACUAAAGAGAGGAGUAGACGCCAAUUACCCUAUUGGUGUGGUGGUGGAGCGUGGGGAGGUGAAUAGGAAAGGCCGUUGGGUGAAGAUGCUGGAGGUUGGCUUCUCUCGUUUGGACAUCAGCCUGUGCGUGGUUCUCUAUUUCCUUUCCAGCAUGUGUCUACUUGCCAUGUACCUUUACAUGAGUCUCAGGACACGCUGCCCCCGACAACGGUGCUCAUAUCUGCCAAUGAGUAUGUGGAAGAUGAAGAAGUGCUGCUGGAAAAAACAGAAAAAGGCGCACAAUGCAACCCAAAAAAGGGAUAAGAGAGAUGUUACGGAUGAGGAGAAGAAGUCUGAAAUAAUCCAGAACCGUGAUGACACCGAGAACACACUUGAUGAUCCGAGAGAAGAUGACGAUGAAGAAAAGAGCGAUGCGUAUGACAAAAAACCAGAGGACCAUCCGCAUCAGAGGCCCAGUAUAAUAAAGAUGAAGCAUGUGAGCCAUUUGCAAGUAGAAGAGGAAAUUCGAGAUCUAGACUCAUACGGACCUAAUAUGUUUCCAAGCAGAUCUCUUCAGGACUCCAGCCUGCACAAGGGAAACCAUGCUCUACAUCCAAAAACCCUUGUAGAACCUCGUGAUGCAGAGUUCGAUGAAGCUGCUGUGAGAGAUCGGUUACUAAAGAGAGGAGUAGACGCCAAUUACCUUAUUGGUGUGGUGGUGGAGCGUGGGGAGGUGAAUUGGAAAGGCCGUUGGGUGAAGAUGCUGGAGGUUGGCUUCUCUCGUUUGGACAUCAGCCUGUGCGUGGUUCUCUAUUUCCUUUCCAGCAUGUGUCUCCUUGCCAUGUACCUUUACAUGAGUCUCAGGACACGCUGCCCCCGACAACGGUGCUCAUAUCUGCAAGUAUGAAGUGGACUUUCUCCAACCAGAACAAUACAAUCUGUUCUGUAUUUUGCAGAGAGAACUGUUACAUGUUUUUAAAGUGCCUUUAAACCCAUUGAAUUUCUAUGCUAACAUGGGUUGUCCAUCCUAGGCCCAAAGAGAUGUUUUACUAGUUGUGUCAGGUCAACUGAUACCUUAAAGUUUAAUAAAUAGUUGUUAAGUUGU